CUCCGGGAGGGCCAAUCUUCCGGGUGUAGGGGCGGCGGCGUGACUGGAGUGGAAAAUUUUCCCAGCACAACUUUGCAGCAGCAACAUAUUGAAAGAAGCGCAAGAAAGCCAGGUAUAAACUGAAAUGACUGAAUGAAAUGUCUACUCUUCCUUCUAACUUUAACCACUCGACUUAACACGAGCCCCACCACGUUUCUCACCCUUCGUCUUGGUACUGCCCUUAGAGUACGGAGCCUGCGGAGGGUCCCACGCUGGAAGAGAGAGAGGAGGAGUCGGAAGAGACAUUAGAGGUCACCCAAAGCAGCCGUCCUCUCUGCAGCUUCUCUGACAAGUGCUUUUCAGGUACAUGCUUAAGGAUUCAUAGCUUUCUUCUGAAGAGUUGAAAGUCCAUUCAUGUGAAUUAUUUUAUCGUACAUCCUUCUUGUGUGGCUGAACGUUUUUCACAACCUGAAAGGAAGAGCAGAGACUGGUUCGGGAUGUUCGACGGUUAUGAUAGCUGCAGUGAGGACACAAGUAGCAGCUCCAGCUCUGAAGAGAGUGAGGAGGAAGUGGCUCCUUUACCUUCUAGUCUCCCAAUUAUCAAAAACAAUGGACAAGUCUAUACGUACCCAGACGGUAAAUCAGGAAUGGCUACCUGUGAGAUGUGUGGGAUGGUUGGUGUUCGGGAUGCUUUCUACUCUAAAACAAAGCGUUUCUGCAGUGUUUCGUGUUCAAGAAGUUAUUCGUCAAAUUCCAAGAAGGCAAGCAUUUUGGCCAGACUUCAGGGUAAGCCUCCAACAAAGAAAGCAAAAGUUCUUCAGAAACAACCUUUAGUUGCUAAACUUGCUGCAUAUGCUCAGUAUCAAGCUACCUUGCAAAAUCAAGCAAAGACAAAAGCAGUCUCCAUGGAAGGUUUCAGCUGGGGCAACUACAUAAAUAGCAAUAGCUUUAUAGCAGCUCCAGUCACCUGUUUUAAACAUGCACCUAUGGGGACCUGCUGGGGUGAUAUCUCAGAAAAUGUGAGAGUGGAAGUUCCUAAUACAGACUGCAGCCUACCUACCAAAGUCUUCUGGAUUGCUGGAAUUGUAAAAUUAGCAGGUUACAAUGCCCUUUUAAGAUAUGAAGGAUUUGAAAAUGACUCUGGUUUGGACUUCUGGUGCAAUAUAUGUGGUUCUGAUAUCCAUCCAGUUGGUUGGUGUGCAGCCAGUGGAAAACCUCUUGUUCCUCCUAGAACUAUUCAACAUAAGUAUACAAACUGGAAAGCUUUUCUAGUGAAACGACUUACUGGUGCCAAAACACUUCCUCCUGAUUUCUCACAAAAGGUUUCAGAGAGUAUGCAGUACCCUUUCAAACCCUGCAUGAGGGUAGAAGUGGUUGACAAGAGGCACUUGUGUCGAACACGAGUAGCAGUUGUGGAAAGUGUAAUUGGAGGAAGAUUAAGACUAGUGUAUGAAGAGAGUGAAGAUAGAACAGAUGACUUCUGGUGCCAUAUGCAUAGCCCAUUAAUCCAUCAUAUUGGUUGGUCACGAAGCAUAGGCCAUCGAUUCAAAAGAUCUGAUAUUACAAAGAAACAGGAUGGACAUUUUGAUACACCACCACAUUUAUUUGCUAAGGUAAAAGAAGUAGACCAGAGUGGGGAAUGGUUCAAGGAAGGAAUGAAAUUGGAAGCUAUAGACCCAUUAAAUCUUUCUACAAUAUGUGUCGCGACCAUUAGAAAGGUGCUGGCUGAAGGAUUCCUGAUGAUUGGGAUCGAUGGCUCAGAAGCAGCAGAUGGAUCUGACUGGUUCUGUUAUCAUGCAACCUCUCCUUCUAUUUUCCCUGUCGGUUUCUGUGAAAUUAACAUGAUUGAACUUACUCCACCCAGAGGUUACACAAAACUUCCUUUUAAAUGGUUUGACUACCUCAGGGAAACUGGCUCCAUUGCAGCACCAGUAAAGCUAUUUAAUAAGGAUGUUCCGAAUCACGGAUUUCGUGUAGGAAUGAAAUUAGAAGCAGUAGAUCUCAUGGAGCCACGUUUAAUAUGUGUAGCCACAGUAACUCGAAUUAUUCAUCGUCUCUUAAGGAUACAUUUUGAUGGAUGGGAAGAAGAGUAUGAUCAGUGGGUAGACUGUGAGUCCCCUGACCUCUAUCCUGUAGGGUGGUGUCAAUUAACUGGAUAUCAACUACAGCCUCCAGCAUCACAGUCAUCAAGAGAAAGCCAAUCAGCAUCUUCAAAACAGAAGAAAAAGGCUAAGUCCCAGCAAUACAAAGGACAUAAGAAAAUGACUACGUUGCAGCUAAAGGAGGAGUUGCUUGAUGGAGAGGAUUAUAAUUUCCUCCAAGGAGCAUCUGAUCAGGAAAGCAAUGGCUCUGCCAACUUCUACAUCAAACAAGAGCCAUGAAUUGGCUCAGAAACUGAGGGUGGGAGGGGAAGGAUUUUACACAGGACUGAUUUAUAAUCAAUCCAGCUGGACGCGGGGCUAUUCUACUGGGACAUUUUGCUAAACAUAGAAAAUUUCAGUUCCAGAUUUUUCAGGUGGGUGGGGAAACUAUUUUAGUCGGGGUGGGGGGAAAAUUUUUCAAUUUAUAAAGAUGGACAAUUUUUGUGUUGUAUUUGAAGCUUUUGAAAGAAUUUUGUAAUAUUUUCCAAGUUUGGAUUUAUGUGCAUUGUUAACAAGAACUGAAAUUCUAACUUUUUUGGUAAGAUUAAAGUUUAGGUAGCAGGAUUGAAGGAAAUGAUUUCAGAAGGAUAUAGUUGUAAAUGCAAAUGAACUGUCAUGACAAAUGAACCUUUUUGGUACCUGUUGGGAGAUUUGGGGAUUUUAAAAGUUAGGCCAGUCACAUCUCCAGCUUCCUUUGCUGCAGAAAUAUGCAACUGAACCCCUCAUGGAGGGUUCAUCACCACAUAGAUCAUGGAAAGGGUUAUUAAUUCUGCUUGUUGGCAUUUUAUUGCACCCCAUUUUUAAUGUGUGUACAGAAAUGUUUUUCAUUUUGUGAAAAGCUAUUUGGAGUUCUGUAUGAAACUGGAGGAACUCUAGAUACUUUUAUAUGUUCUUUAAUUAAAAAACGAUUAAAAUUAUCCUAACACUAAAGUGUUAAACUGGAAUGGUUGACAAGAUAUACAGGAUCUCGGUCUACAUAUUGAGGGGUUGGAGAAAAUGCAAUAUUGUCUUUAUUUUCCUUACUAAAAGAAUACCCCACCAAAGGGAUUCUGAUCAGUUCUUUACCAUUUCCCUCCGUCUGUGAGAUAACUUGGUAUAACCACACCCCAAAACAGAUGUUCUAUAUUGACAGGCAAAUCAAAUUGAGAGCCAAAAUAAGUUCAUAUUUCAAAAUCAUUCCAGCACUGCUUUUAUCUAUCCUUGAUUUGUGAGAAAACUAAUUUCAAAGAAAAUUUAAUUUUCUGAAAAUUCCAUAUG